GGUACCCACGGAACUGUUCGGGUUCAACCAUAAAGCGGCCCAUUCCUCCCAACCAUUCAUCUUUCCUUCCGCUCUUACUUGCAUUCCUGUUUCUCCCAUACUUCUCUUGACAUACUACCCGUCAAUCAAUCAACAUCCGUUCACGACAACAAACCUCGAAACCGAAAUAUCACCUUAUAGCCAGUCACCAUGUCCAAGUCACGCGUCCCCAUGAUGCUCGGUGUUGCCGGCGUGAGCGGCGUCGGUUACUACCUUUACCAGGCUGGAGGAAGCCCCAAGGUCGCCGAGAAGGAGUUUGAGAAGGACAUCCACUCUGCUUCGGCUAAGCUGAAGAGUGAGCUCCCUGGACGGGGCUCUGAGGCUCAAAAGGAGGCCGAGAAGCUGGGUGCCCAGGCCGGCGCUAAGUUCGACAGUGCUGUCGCCAACGCAAAGAGCGAGGCCGCAAAGCUCAAGGCCGAGUCGGAAGCCUACGCCAAGGAGGCCAAGGCUGGUGCGAUGAAGAAGGUCGACGAGUUCGACAAGAAGGUUGAGGACGGUGCCGCAAAGGCCAAGAGUGGUGUUUCCAGCUGGUUCGGCGGGAAAUAAAAAAGCGUUAUUCCGUUAUUUUAACUUUAUGACAGCCUCGCAUGGAAACAAACCAGCCCGUCAUAAUAUGGUUGAUUGCGACGGCCAGCUUUUUGUUAUGCCUGCAUUUUACCUUGUAAUCUCAAGCUGAUAAUCGGUGUCAUUGGGGUCGGUGUUUAUUUGAUAGGGAGCACUUAUGGCAAAUUCAAUUACACUUUCAUCGAAUGAAACA